UAUUGUUUCUAAAUGGAAAACCUGACAUUUAAUAGUCCUGUCUUGCAAUUGGAGGGACUGAUUGUCUCUGAGCAAAACCUGUAUCCUACAUUUCUUUUCUUCCUGGUUUUCUAUGUGCUCAUUAUGGUGUCCAACAUCGGAAUCGUGUUGCUCAUAGCAAUGGAAAGAAGCCUGCAUGAGCCUAUGUACAUUCUCUUCUGCAACCUUCCCUUUAACGAUGUGUUCGGAAACUCUGUUGUUGUCCCUCGGUUAAUGGUGGACGUUUUAAGGCCAACGUCUGAGCACUACAUCAGUUAUCGUGAAUGUGUUACUCAAGCUUUCUGUUACCACACGUAUACUACUGCAUCUUACACUAUUCUCAUGGCUAUGGCCUUUGACAGAUAUGUUGCCAUAUGUAAUCCAUUGCGCUACACAACUAUCAUGACAAACAAAAUGGUGGUUAAACUGACUGCAUCAGCCUGGGGGGCAGCUCUGCUCCUUGUGAGUAUUUUGUUAGGUCUCACAAUAAGGCUGAAUCGCUGUGGAACACUGAUUGCAAAUCCAUUCUGUGAUAAUGCAUCACUCUUCAAACUGUCAUGUGAGAAUCCUUACAUUAAUAAUGUAUAUGGCCUGGCAUACACAGCAGCUGUACUUGGCUCUUCUUUGGGAUGUGUUGCACUUACCUAUGCCAAAAUAACAGCUGUCUGUCUCACUACUAAAAACAAAACUCUAAACAAAAAGGCUCUGAAAACUUGCAGCACACACUUGACCGUCUAUUUGAUCAUGUGGAUGUCUGGGUUUAUCAUGGUCAUACUCCAUCGUUUUUCUGGUUAUUCAGACUACAGGAAAGGAGCUGCGCUGCUUUUUCACAUUGGCCCAGGUAUUCUGAACCCUGUAAUAUACGCACUGCAGUGCACUGAGAUUAGACAACUUAUGUUAAAGAUUCUAUGCUCAAAAAAACUGAUGUCACGAUGA